ACUGGUCUAAGCAGGGCUGGAUCAAUGACCGCGAGGACCAGCGGAAGGGUAUGAACUUGCUUCUCGGCCUGCGCUACAUAAACGAGGUGUUGUUCCUUGUGAUACUGCUAACGCUGCUGCUAGCGCCCACCUACAGCGUCCGUUCGGUGUGUGAGCCUUCGUUACAGCCCGACCAAGUGAACGACUUCUUUAUUGGCCAAGACCGCACCACCUUUGUCUACGAGUGCAGCGAUGGACAGACAGUGACCUUUCAAAAGGAUUCCGUUACUGGGAAGGUGAACCUACCCCCAGAGGACAAGGUGAAGUGCUACUUGGUGCAGACCGGCGGCUGGUUGGCCUUGUUUUUGGCGGUUUUGACCUUUUACAUGUUGGGCUCCGCCACGUUUUGCCUGGCGGCCAUGGUCUUCCUUUCGGAGUACGCGUACGCGGAUGCGCAGACGGAGUAUGAAUUCAAAGAAAAGCUGCACGGGCUUAUUACGAGCGAAGAUUUGAUAACGCGCACGAUAGAGGAGCGCGAGGGCUUCACCCGGUUGCUGGACAACCUGUACCGGUUUUUGCGUUGCUUCCUCCGUUUUUACGGGGUGCCGGACAAGAACGUGG